AUGAAGGCCUCACUUACCAUCCUCCUCGCCGGCGUCCUCGGUGCGCUCGCCACGCCCGUCGACCACGUCAUCCACCGCCGCUUCAGCUGCGCCUCACGCCUCGAGGGCUACUGCCACGCCUCCAACGUCGACUCGUACUGCGAGGGCGGCCAGUUCCGCUCCAAGGCCUACGAGACGUGCAGCAAGUACUGCAGCUGCUAA